UGAUUUUUCGCCCAUAUGCGCAGAAUGACUUAGCGGGUGCAAAAGAAGACAUUUGUUUAUUUUGUCUGUGUGUGUGAACUCAAUUUGUCGAUAUAUUCCAUUUUGCAUCUGAAAUUCUUCGUGAAUAAAUAUUCACUGUAUCAGAGAAUGUCUAUGUACAAUACAUAUUCUAUGACUGCAUUGUCGUUCAUGCUGUUUUCGUGAAAAGGAAGAUGGAUACUAAAAAACAGGUUAAAAAUAGUUUAAAUGAUAAGCAGAACUCUGCGAUAUCUGUACUACGUCAAGCUGUGGAGCAUGACCAGGAAGGAAACUAUGUAUCUGCCUUACGCUGUUACAGGGAAGGAAUCGAGUUGUUUUUGAGUAUUAUUAACUCGCCGGACAACAGAACAUUAGACGAAAAAACAUUAGCUCACUUUCGGCAGAAAACUAAAGAAUAUAUCGAGAGAGCUGAAAAAAUUAAAAAAAUAAUUGACGAGCGAAAGCACUAUCAUGAACAAAUUCUAAUACCAAAUGAUGCAACUGGAUACAGUUACGAAAAAGUUUUUAAAAAAUAUCUUGAUAAAUCUGUGACAGAAGUUCAUGUUGAGGAUCCUUAUGUAAGGACGACUCAUCAGAUUUACAAUUUCUUAAAUUUUUGUGAACUUCUAGUAAAAUUUUGCUCUAAUUUAAAGCAUAUAUAUUUGGUAACAGGACGGAAUGAAACGGACUACCAGAAUCAAAAUUCAAAAUUUCAGAACAUUAAGGAGAGUCUGAAAUCCUAUAACAUUCAAUUGUCUAUUGAAUUUUCUGACACAUUACAUGAUAGAGAAAUUCGGUUAGACAGUGGUGUUUUUAUAAAGAUAGGGCGUGGUCUUGAUUAUUUCAAACAUGUAAAGAACUUUGCUAUUGGAUUUUGUGAUCAAAGUUUGAGGCCUUGUCAUGAAACUGCAAUUGAUAUAUAUGUUAAACAUAAAUAAGUUUUUCGAUUACUUAAUUUUUUUUUUUUUACAAAACGGUACUUCAUAAUUUCUUUGAUUAAGUAGUACAUGGACAAAUUCUUAUGUGUUCUUAAAAAUGUAAAUCCCUUAGUUUUUAGUUUGAUAUAUUUGGUAGUUUGCAAAUUCUUUUUAGAGUGUUUAGAUUCAUAUAAAGUGAAUUUGGUUGAUCUUUACAUUACGGUAACUGGUAGUUUGGCGACAUUUUGGAGACGAUAAAGGUUACUACCUGGGACU